AAUCGCAGCAAAAUUAUUUGCAAAAAUACUAUAUUUUCGCCAUAAAAUAACUAAAAAUGCUUAAAGCAAUUACAGCGACAGCCAAGCUGUCGAGGACCACAUUAUCACGGUCUGUAGGUGCCUUGUCGGCUGCACCCUCCAGAUUUAUGUCAAGCGAAGAUCCGUCUAAAAUGAGAGAGGCGCCGAUCAAAGACAACGAAGCGGUAAUUGCGUUGCCAGAGGAGGUCAAAGAGAGAAGUGUUCCUGAUCUUACUAUUACGGUCCCUACAAAGGUUAACCUCAGCUCUAUAACUGGUGUACCCGAAGAGCAUGUUAAAACCAGAAGGGUGAGGAUCUACAAACCACCCAAGAACGCCAUGCAGAGUGGAACAAACAACAUUCAUCACUGGGAGAUGGAGUUUGACACUCGCCAGCGCUGGGAAAACCCCCUGAUGGGCUGGACAUCCACUGGCGACCCACUCUCCAACAUGAAGGUUCAGUUUACGUCCCCAGAAGAAGCUAUUGAGCAUUGCGAGAAGAACGGUUGGGCUUGGUAUAUCGAUCAGCCUAAAAUCGAAAAAGAAUUGAAACCAAAAAGCUACGGACUUAACUUCUCAUGGAACAAACGUACCAGAGUCUCCACUAAGUAAUCAUAGUCUUAUUUGCCGCAUAUAGAAGUAUAGAAUAGCUCCAUGUAUCAUUGUGGUAAGUCACCAUUUUUAUGUAAAUAAAUUUUUUGUUGAA